GAAAGUUUCAGCCGUGAUCAAUGGCCACAUUGCUCAAGGGAGUGAAUGAGGUUCCGAUGCUCAUAUCGUAUCAUGAGCAGCAGAAGCCACGCGAACUACCACCGACCAAGUAAAUAAAGCCUUGUAUGCUUAAGACGGGUGGUUGAAGCCGGAUCCCAAUCAAUCUCUUAACAACGCCACCACUUACAGUACUCGCCUCUGUCUUACAAGUGAGGGAGCGAGCGACAUCUCGUCAAACCGAGGAGACCAGAACCCCCUAUAUGUCACUGAUACACCACCAUCGAUAGUUCAAAGUUACUGGAAGGGCCGAAAAUACCUGUGAAAAAGAGAAAACCUCAUUUACAAUGGAAGUAAACAUGUCGACGUCCGCCCUGAGCGAGCCUGUCCGCCUAGGCUUCGGCUUCUACUUCCUCCCCUUCGCCACGUUCUUAUGCUUCCUUGUUCCGGUCCUCUACCUCUUCCCCCCGAUUCCAGCUACCACCCGCGACGCGCUACUGGCGACUCACUCCCAGAUCGGCGCGGCCUCUCCCAGAAGCAAAUCCCGGGAUCAGGCCCCCGCCGGAGAGCAGCAGAAGACCGAGACCGGGACCAGCGCUGGUGGGCUCGCAAAGGUCAAGUCGCUCUGCGUAUACCCGGUCAAAUCAUGCCGCGGCAUCGAGGUCGCGCGGAGCAAGCUCCUCCCCACAGGCCUCGAGUUCGACAGACUGUACACCUUUGCGCAGCUGAAGUCCCCGUUCCCUGUGUCCGUCGAUGGCGCGGCCGAGGACGGCCGGGACACGCACUCAUGGGAGUUCGUCACGCAGCGGCAGUUCCCCCUCUUGGCGACGGUCAAGGUGGACGUCUAUGUGCCCGACGCCACCAAGAAGACUGUGUUCCUCGAGAAGAGCGGCGACGCGUGGAUCGUGCUUCGCUUCCCCUGGCGCGAGCCCGGGUGGAAGGGCACCAUGCAGUGGAUCGCGGCCAAGAUCCGCGACGGGUGGCGCGGGGAGCCCGAGAUGGAGGUGCUGCUGCCCGUCGAGUUCCCCACUGACAAGGAGAUCGAGGAGCGCGGCUACACGCGCGAGGACGUCAGGGUGUGGAAGGAAAUGGUGCCCGCCUUGAACAUGGAGAAGGAGAUCCCUGGGGAGCUGAGCCGGUACCUAGGCGUGAGCAACAAGCUGGCACUGUUCCGGGUCGACCCGGGGAAGCUGAGGGAGGUGUAUCGGUGUGCACCAGCCAAGGAGGACGCCGGGUACCAGCCCGUCGUCGGAUUCCAGGACGCCUAUCCCCUGCACCUCAUGAACACCGGCAGUCUCCAGGACUUUGACGCCAAAGUGCCCAAGGACGAUGAACUCCGACACCUCGACGUUGGGAGGUUCCGGGCCAAUAUCAUUGUCUCCGGCGCCCCGGCAUAUGACGAAGAGUCGUGGAGAUCGGUCAAAUUCACUCAGGGCACGUCCAAAGUCACUGCGCCUACAAAGUGUCAAGUCUCGUGUCGCACAGUUCGUUGCAAGAUGCCCAACGUUGACCCGGUUACCGGCGCCCGCCACCGCGUCGAACCGGACAGGGCUCUCCGCAAGCUUCGCGACGUUGACGAGGGCGCCCCGCGCAUGGGGUGUCUGGGCAUGCAGAUGGUACCUCUCUUCGAGGGCACCGACCGCGUCGAGUACAUGCAGGCUUGGCUCGAGGUGGGCAUGUUCGUCGAAGUGUUAGAGCGCGGGCAGCACGUCUACAUCAAACAGUGAAGUGAGUAGGUUUUCGGCUGUGGGCAUGGCCGGUAGGGGUAAAGGAACGGUUGCGUGGUCACAAUGCAUAAAAUACACUGGGACGGAGCAUAAUCAAGACC